AUGGGUGCUCUCAGAAGAAGCGUUGGUCUGAUCGAUUCAAAGGGUUGCUCCAAAUUGUUUCCUGUAUCACAGUCUCCUCCUCCUUCUCUUCCUAUGUCUCAGCCCAACGGACCCUUCUCUUCCCUUGUCAUUUGCGUCACUGGUUUGUCCAAAGAAGCAAGGACACAAGUAAAGGAAGCGACAGUGAGACUGGGAGGCGAGUACAGUCCCCACCUUCACCUGCAAUGCACCCAUUUGGUUGUCCACAGCUCAUGUGGGCGUAAGUUUGAGCACACUUUGAAACAUGGUGCGAGAAAUGGUCUCUUUGUUGUUACACUUGGUUGGUUUGUUGAUAGCGUCAAGAGAAACCUCAGGAUGAGCGAAUCACUUUAUAAAGUCAAACAACUUGGACAAAAUAGUGAAGAGCUGACAUGUGUUUUUGAUCUCGAACCUGUUUGUCGUCCUCGUACAAUCCAGCAAGCUGUGCAUUCUGGCAAAUCAACGAAGCCCCCUCACCAAGUAUCUUCUUCUGGAACAGAGAGUGAAGACAUGACUCUUUCCCACCAUUCCAUCUUUGUCGAUUCAGACAUUUCUGAUGAGCUCCGACUUAAGGUGUUGAAGGUUGCUGGAGAUCAAGGAGCAAAGGUCAUAGAUUCAUGGUUUAUUGGUUGCAAUGCAAGUCUUGUAGUGUGUGAAGGUGGUGCUUCUGUCCAGAAAUAUCUUGGCCAUGUCAACACCAUUGUCUCUCCACUAUGGGUAUUGAAAACAGUGGAGAGGCAACGACAAAGACUUGUUCACAUGUCACCUGAUUUAGCCAGACAGUUAGGAUUAAUAAUGCUUGAAAAUCUUGAAGAUGUCACUGAAAAGGAGGUACUUAAUAUUACCGAGGAAGGCAAUUCUCAAGACGUUGUUCCUAAAAUCAGAAGCAAAUCAAAACAAGUGAGGAAAGAGACUGUAAAUUUAGCUAAAACUGGGGUUAGGAGACGACGUGCUCGCCAUAUGCAGACUUGUCAAAACCCAAUAAGACGCAUAACACAGAACAACCUGCUGGAGAAUAUUUGCUGGACAAUAUCUGAAGCAGCUGCAACUGCCACUGUUUUCACUGAUUCUUCUUGCACUAGCAGCAGCGGUUACAUCACUGAACCACCUCAGUCUUCUGUUGCAGAGGAAGGGAAAGAUCCAGUAGCUUCUUUUUCAAACUCGACCAGAGCACUCACCGAGAGCGAGAAGACAGAAGUGAUAUUUAAAGACAGCUUCCUUAUAAUUCUAUAUCCAGCUGAUCGGUUCUCUGAGAUGGGGCCUUCUUCACGGACUUAUUUCAGUGAUAACGGUUUCACUUGCCUCCAAAUCUUAGACUAUAUUCACACAUUUUAUCAGGAGAACUUGCCGGAUAAUGAGAUAGAGCUCGCCAUUCACACUGAUUCAAGGCAUGCCGACCGUCUCAGAACAGCUUAUUGCAACAAAGAGGAAUCAGAUGAUGGAUACAUGGUUUUCACAAGAUUAGAGUUACUAGGAAGCAGGAAAAGUUUUGAAAUGCUUAAGCGUGUGAAUGGAGAGAACAACAGUAAUGUUUAUGAGCUCAUGAUUAGAGCUUGAAACUAGACAAAAUGUCUUUGAAUCAUGUAUCCAAUACUUGAUUGAAUCUAACAGAUUUACAAAA